AUGGCGGCAUUUGCAUCGGAUGAAAUAAUAGACAUCAAUUGUUGUGUGUGUGCUGGGAAAAAUCUAACGCAAGAAGCUGAAAAAUACUGUGUAGAAUGUCAGCAUUAUUACUGUAUACCAUCUACAGACACGCACAAAACUUUCCCGGCAUUGAGAGGACAUAAAUUGCUCGAUAAAGCUGAUUUCAGUACACAUGGUUUUCAGUCAUCGUUACUGUGUCUAACAGAAAGAUGCAAGAUUCAUAAAGCCAAACUUUUGGACAUGUUCUGUGAGGACCAUGAUGAAGUUGUCUGUGCCACUUGUGUUGCUAUAAAUCACAGAACAUGUCAGCAUAUACACUCAGUUCCGGAUGAAGCUGACAACCUAUACAAACAAUCAGCUUCUGAUCAAACCAAGAAACAACUGCUUGCAGCAAAGAAGGAUGUAGAGGAUACAAAGGAAGCCAAACAACAAAUCCUCAGUGAGUUCAAGAAACAAAAGCAGAGAGCAACUGAUUCUUUAACAAUCUUCAGAAAAGAACUAGAGGCUGAACUCAGAAGACUUCAAAUGGAAUCACUGAAAGAAGUUGAUGCACAAUAUAAUAUUAUGGAAAGCGAUCUACAGAGCGAGAUCAAGGAAGCAGAGAAACAUAUUGAUGAUCUAGAACAAUCUGCUGCCAAGCUGCAAAAGUCAAAUGGAAAUAAAGCCCAAGAAUUCGUAUGUGUCAAAACUGCUCAGAAAAAUAUUGUUACAGCUAAAAGUGUCAUACGUAGAAUACAAACGCAAGUGAAAAUAGAUUUUUCUGCUAGCAUGGAAAUCAAAAACUAUCUAAAACAAUCGAGGGCAUUAGGACAGGUAACUGGAGAAGUGAUUUACAAACCAGGAAGCACAGCAGACAAAGUGAAAAAGGAAAGUGUUAUUGACAUUAAACAUCAAGAGGACAAAUGUUCUAUAAAUGAAUCCUGUUUUUCUGAGGAUGGUUCCCUGCUACUUUCUGGCCUUUGUAACUCCAACUUGAAAUGUCUAAAUGUUUCUACAGAUGCCAUCAUAGAUCAUCAAGACCUUUAUUUCAAUUUUUUAGAUCACAUUAAUGAUAUGAACACAGCGUCUUUCCUGGUCUAGUCCCAUCUAUGUCUCUGCAUAUAUAUUAUUUUUAUUUUAGGAGAGAAAAAGAUGGCUCAAAAAGAAAAGAUGAAUCAAUGUCAGAACGUGAUUUCAGUAAGUCAGUCAAGUAUAUGUUAUAUUAUGCCAGAUUUAUAUAGAAUUCUUUAAAAAAAAAAAAAAACAUGUUCAACUGUGCUUUACAUACAAAGGCAUUACUCAGUGCGCCAUAUACGCCUGUAAUUUAAUUGCAUCAAGUAAGUGAUCAACUUUUUUCUUAGAGCAGUUUGAUAUUUGUGAAAAGUUCAUAAAUUUUAAUCUAAUUCAUUGAAAAACCACUUGCUUGAGCACUAAUGCCUCGAGCAAUGCUCUCAAGCCGUUUUUUGUGGUCCCCAGCCGAUUUCCUUAUUUCUUGUUUAACAUAGCAGUUACAUUGGGUUUACAUGUUGUAACUUUGAUCAUACGCAUGGUACUGAAUAUUACUGUAUAAGUAGAAUGCUUUUUGGUCAAAAUGUUUGUGAAUGCGAAUUUCUAUCAUUUCGCAGGCAGAAUCAUUCCUGAAUCGCAUCGCAAAAAAAAAAAAUAAAAAAAAAAAUAAUAAUAAUCAGCGAAUGUUACCUAUGAA